AGAGAAGUGUUGCAUAAACAUUAUAAUUUAAUUUUAUAUACUGAAAUUAAAGACGUGAAAGAAGCUUUGUUAGUGCGAAUAAAUUUAAGUAUUGCUAUGGUUAAGUAGGAGUAAUAAAUCAGGAUUCUUAUACAUUAUUCUGAACAAAAAAAAAUUUUUUCAAGUGAUCUACAUAAAGUUAAAUGAUUUCAAAAUCGGCAAUGGCGGAUCGGGAACGUCCUGCGAAAACCCCCAUCAGGGUGGGCUUUUAUGAUAUAGAAAGAACCAUUGGAAAGGGAAAUUUUGCCGUCGUUAAGUUAGCCCGACAUCGAAUAACGAAGACUGAGGUAGCAAUUAAGAUAAUAGAUAAAUCGCAAUUAGACGCCAGUAAUCUUCAGAAGGUGUACAGAGAAGUUGACAUAAUGAAGAGGCUGGAUCAUCCACAUAUUAUUAAGCUUUACCAGGUCAUGGAAACGAAGAACAUGAUCUACAUUGUUUCAGAAUACGCAAGCAAAGGAGAAAUUUUUGAUUACAUCGCGAGGUACGGGCGGAUGGCUGAGCAGGCGGCGCGACGAAAGUUUUGGCAGAUACUCUCCGCGGUCGAAUAUUGUCACGAGAGGCGGAUAGUGCAUAGAGAUCUUAAGGCGGAGAAUUUGUUGCUGGACGCGAACAUGAACAUAAAGAUCGCAGAUUUUGGAUUCAGUAACUAUUAUGCGCAAGGAGAACUGCUUGCUACGUGGUGUGGGUCGCCUCCGUACGCGGCCCCAGAAGUGUUCGAGGGCAAGAGGUAUACGGGACCUGAAAUUGAUAUAUGGAGUCUCGGGGUGGUGCUAUACGUGCUCGUUUGCGGGGCACUGCCAUUCGACGGCUCCACACUGCAGUCCUUACGAGACAGGGUGCUUUCGGGGAGGUUCAGGAUACCCUACUUCAUGAGCGAAGAAUGCGAGUCGUUGAUUCGCAAAAUGCUAGUCCUUGAGCCUAUGAAGCGGUAUACGAUAGAGCAAAUAAAGAAGCACAGGUGGAUGGCAGCGGAGCCCUACGCGGUGCCCGCGGUCACUGCGGACCCGAUGAGGAGCCCCGCCCACGUCGCGCAUAGCAAUGAGCCGAACGAGCAAGUGUUGAGGCUUAUGCAGAGUUUGGGAAUCGAUCCUGUUAAAACCAAAGAGAGCCUUCGGUCGAACAGUUACGACCACCACGCGGCGAUCUACCUGCUGCUGCUGGAGCGGCUCCGCGCGCGCGCGUCCGACCGCCGCCCCGCGCGCAGACCCUCCUCCGUCGCUGACACCGCGCUGGCUCGCGACGUGCACGACCGCAGGGAACAUCAUAGGUUAUUACACGCUAACGACCAACCGAGAGAUUUCAGUAGAGUACAGCAAAACGUGCCUGUACCAGACGCCUCAUCCGCAGAAACACAACGCUUGCUUUCUCUCGCGGGCGUCAAUAUGACAGAACAAAGACUGCUUCAGCGAAAUUCUGAUCCUUCUGAUACACAUCGAAGUUUUCUAGUCGCUAACGUCGAUAGAAGUCACGAGUCUGAAUCUACGAGGCUUCUUUCUAUGCGAAACGUGGACGUAUCUCAAUCCAGUCAAAGGUUAGGCGCCAAAUUGAAUGAAGGUCCAACACAUAAGCUGUUAGCGUCUACGUAUGAACAACAGCAAAAUAUAUUGAAACAGUCAAGCGAAGAUUGUCGACGACUGCUUCAACAAUCUACUACUGUUGGCCCAGAAAGUAAUAAGAACGCAGCCGAUGGUACGAGAUUAUUGACCUCCUCUAGUUUUGAUUCAAAAUGUGCUAUAGACAGCGGUAGAACUUCCGCUGCAGCCGAUCACAAUGUUAUCGCAAAUUUUCUCCAAAACUCCGCAUCCGCAACUAAUUUUAAUUUAGACUCGAUGAAAAUGCCCAGUUCGACAACUUUCACUAUGUGUUCAGAGGCCGCCAAACUUAUGAAUACAUUGCAACAAUCGCCUCUACCUCUAAAAGGUACCGUCAAUCUUAGUACUAGUCCAAUUCCGUCUCAGUUCACUGAUUCAAAAUUGUCCAGCGUUUUAGAACAACCAAAGCCUCUCGAAUCGAGCAGGCUCGUAGCCGCCCAACAACAAGACAUCAAUAGACUACAAUCGAGUACACCACCGUUUAAAGAUUACAUCAAUCACCUCCCAGCGUAUUCCUAUUUGCAAAAUACAAUGCAGCAAAUGCCAGCCGAAACAAAUUUGACAAUGUCCGCGGCGGCUGGAGAACUGUACCAAAAUACUUUAUACAGGCCCGAUAGCAAAUUCUCCUUAAAUAGGUAUACAACUGGUCAAACGUAUAACCAAGCUCUACCCGGUACUUCGAAUGAGGCGACAAAAUUUCAACAACAAUACUCGUCAUCGACGGACGAAGGUUGCGAGACCGACAUGGAAGACGUCCCAAACGUUGCCAGCGGGGUUCAAAACCGAUUAAGUUCGUACGCUAGCUCGAGUUCCAGUAGUGGUGUAGUCACUUUUUUUAAUAACAAAAGCCUCAGUCAAAAUUUAAGUUGCGAUUCGUCUCAAAGUAAUUUCUCUGCAUUCGAGAGUAUCGAUUACCAAUUAUCUGACUGUUCGAGCGAAUUGGCCAGUAGUUUACCAAGUUGUACUUCGAAUGAAGAUAGAUUGUCUUAUGAAAAUACUUCUCUAGUUAAUACAAGUCCAAUGCAUCCGUGCGUGUAUAUAUCGUCGUACAAUAAUAAAACACCAGGCACCGGAUUUAUAGCGCGACAUAAUCCUCUUAACUAUCAAUCCGCUAAUAAAAACUGCACCAGAGCGAUAACGCGAAGUCCGGUUGAUUUUAGAGAAGGUCGGCGAGCUAGCGAUGGCUUAGUCGCCCAACAGGCCGCCCAAGCCGAUGAAACACAGAAAAAUAGUUUAGCCUUCAACAGCCAAAAACUUAACGAGAACUGUAAAGCGAAAGGUGUUCUAGAAUUACACCUAGUGCAAAAAGAAGCUCAGAAAUUAAAAACUCAAUACCAGUCCACUAUACCCGCGGAGGAAAUGACGCAGCGGCAAAUUCAACACAAUCAGUUCGCGGCUACAUUCACACCGCACUACUUAGAUACCAAAAAUCCGACGCCAAAGCGAAUCAGUCUUCCGGAGUCUUUCAAUUACUCGAGCACGUCCCCGCCGAUGCCGGCCAGUCCAAAAAUGGUGACGCAGCUACAGGAUAGUACAGAACUACACGGCUCCCAAGGCAGUAAACCGCCCCUCCAACAACAACUCAUGCAACAUAGACUCUUUCAGCAAAAAAGGCAGUUGCUACAGAAACAAAUGACCCCUCCAAAUCUACCGGUACAUGAAAUGAGCGCGUUACAUAACAUCCAAGUCGGUUUAAGUAGGCGGCAGAUGCUUCGGCAGCAGAGCUACAAGAUCGCUCAACAACAGCAAGUGUUACCUCCUCUACCGUUGACGGAGAGCGAAAACAGAGAUCUAUUAGCGUUUCAAGCUUUAGUCGAGGAUCCGAAUAGACUAAAACAAAAAGGCGAAGAGACGCAGGAAGACCUCGCGAAGUUUUCAUAUCAAGGCUCAAUGGAGAUAAACAUAAUGAACAAGGAUAGGUUAGGAAACGAGACCUGGUCGAACCUGCCGUCCAGUUUGCAGAGCGCUUGUCAAAUAUCGGAAUUGGGAAGGCGGGAAGUCAAAGAAAAUCGUGAAGGUGAAACCAGCCACUCGCUAGAUGCUCCUGUUUGGCCCGGUCAAUGGAACGCGACGCUAUUCCAACCGCAAACCUGCUUCCAGGUAUUCCAACAAAUCAAUUGAGUAGUCCACUGUAGACGUAGUUAAACGUAGUGCACAGACAGACACCGUAGCCUUUUUUUAUUGCUAUCUGAUUGCUAUCAAUUCAAAUACUUUAAAUAAGCUGUUUACCAUAUACGAAAAUCUAUAGUUAUGAACAAUUCAAUAUAAUACAUCGGAUACAUCGUUUAUUACAUUGUCUUCUUAUAAAUCUUACCUUGUUAAAAGUAAAAAAAAAUUCUAUCAGGUUAAUUACUUAAUGAUCUAAGGGUUAAUUCGAUUCAAUUUUACACAUCGAUAGCACAUAUUGUUAAUUAAUUCUUCAAACGUAAUUCAUAUUUCAAUAUUAUAUUAAUACAAUUUCGCAAGUCAAAUAGUUAAUCGUAACGAUGAGUCUAAACUGUAAAGUAUUGGAUGCUGUCUGUCACAAGUAGUUAUCGCAUGCAGUAUCGACCGAGCGUGAUAUUAUUAGCUAGCCAUCGGUCGCUGCAUCGCUAGAUCAAUGUUGGUCUCAUAGUAGUAUGUAAUCAGUACCAAUUAUGGACUUCUCUUAGAAUGCAUGACAAUAACUAGUGCUUUAAAUUAUUACUCAUAUUAUAUCAAUAAAUAUUAUAAUUCAAUCAACUGCCUUUAAUUUUAACAAUGAGAUUGGUAUUCAAACCUUCGAUUCGCUUAGGUAAAACUUUCAUUCCUGUUCGAUACGACAGUAUAGAACGUUUCGUGUUAUAUAUGAUUCCAAUACGGUUAACUUGCCAAAUAUUGUAUUAUAGAAAUUAAAUUAAUGUUAUGCAUUUUUAUCAAUCAUCACAAUGUUCCUACGUUAGCUCGGUGUAAACUCCUACAGUACACGUUUACUUAACAUAAGUAUCUAUUUAUUAUCAUGCUGUUGUUUUAUAAUUUAAUGAUUCCCUCGUGAGUCUGUACAGAUUUUGUUAUUAUUUGCUAAUAGUAAUUAUAUCGUAUAAUAUAUUAUAUUACGUAAGAUGUGAUAGCUUUACUUAGAAGCAAGUUUAUUUAAUAAAAUAAAAUUGAUGAUA